UAUAUAUUGUUGGAAAUAUUUAAACCAGAUGAUAAAAAAAACAAAAUUUAAAAAAUUGUAUAACCAUUCUCGUCAGCAGUUAUUUUCCUAGGUUUCAUAGCAACCGUUCUGAAACUAUGAAAGCUUAAGCAUCGGCCCAUUUCGUAUGUUUAUAACGAAUUCAAUGUCGAGCAAUACUCUUGACAUCACAACAGAAGGAAACGAAAAAUUACCGUUGCCAAACAUAUCAGAAGAUGAUUUAGUGGCGUUGGUGAUUAAAAAGGGUGACUUCAGAAACGGAAAAUGCUUUUCGAAAUUCAAACGCAUAUCUGUAAACCCCAGAUUGGACCAGUUGUGUUCUUACAGCUCUGACGGGAACUGCUAUAUCAUAGAUUUCACAGAAAAAACAUUUUGGACUCUGAGAAAAGAAAAAGACGUCAGUAUCAUCGAAUUCUAUCCAUGCCAUGACAAAAUAUGUUUAGGCCAUUUUAAUGGCACUAUAAGGACUUUCGAUCUUCCAUCAGGGCAAAUUUCCGGAACAUUCAAGGGGCAUAAGGAAGAGGUAAAGGAUAUAUCGUUUAACAAAGUCGGCACCCAAUGUGUAAGCAUAAGUCGUGAUAGAGGAUUCGUCUGGGAUCCUUUCACUUUCAAAAAACAAUUCUUGAUAGAGCCCGUGGAACGUUCUAUUAUAAAGCAGGUGAAGUUCAUUCCUUGGCAAGACAAAUUUCUAGUUACGACCAGUGAUAAUUUGCUCUCGGUAUGGGACUCAGUAAGUGGUAGCUUGUCGGUGAAAUUCCAUGCCUUGGAAAUUUUCGGGUACUACAUAAACAGCUUCUCAUUCAACAGGAAUGGUUCGGCGAUGGUAGCCUGUGGUAAUUGCAACAAAUUAAUUUGCCUCAACACCUCCUCGUGGUCACUGGUCAAGGUGUUCGUGCUGCCUCAACAAUAUACGAAACUGAACUACAUCGAAUUCGUCACCCAACCUUAUGAUGCUGGCGAGAGCUGCAUGGUCACCUUCUUGACCUGUCACUAUAGAGUGGUGCUAUUCCAUUUGACGACAGGUGUUCUGUCUGUUGUCGAUAUCAUCGAUCGCGAUUGCUGUAUCAGUCUCAGGGUAAAUAAUUCUGGAAAAUAUUUGUUUUCCCUUAUGGGUGGAGGAAGUAUCCAGAUUAUCCAUAACGAAUUGUGGGACGGUCGAGAUAAGCAGAAGAAGAUGCACGAUUCUCUGAAGGAGCUCAGUCAUGAAGUUCAGGAAUCAUACAGGUGGCAUUUACUAAUUGCGAAAAAGGACAUCCAUAGUGUCAUAUCCAGCUUCCGCCAAUUCCCAAACGAUUUAAGGCCUUUCUUAUGGAGGAGUGCCCUAUCCUUGCCGAUGAACGUACUCGCCCACCGAACUCUGUGUUCAAAAGGGCUCCACAACUCCUUCGCCAAUAUUAAGGAUUACCCUUUUCUGCAAAUCGAACUUCGCUAUCCAGUUCUAAGGCUGGCUUCCAACCUAGCAUAUUGGUGUCCGAUGUUCGGAAGAAUCAAGUACCUCCCCUUAAUGAUUUUGAGAUUCGCUAAACUGUUUAGACCUUCACCAAUUGUUGCGUUCGAAGUAGUUGCAACUAUACUUGUCAACUACUGCCAAAACUGGUUCAAUGAAUUUCCUUUGAUACCAACAAAUUUGACUUACUUUAUAGAAUGUAUAUUGAAAAAAACUGACUCGGAGUUGUGCGAUCACUUUAAUGAGUCCGGAAUAAAACUUUCCAGUUACGUUUGGCCUGUAAUGGAAACCCUAUUCGCUGAGGUAUUGGUCGAGAAAGACUGGUUGAUUCUAUGGGACAAUGUAGUGACCAGUAGGACAGAUUUUUUAACACUGGCUGUAGUUUCUUUCUUCUUGGUAAACAAAAAUAUAUUUCAUUCUUGUAAAUCGCUGAAGGAGUUCGAGUUUUUCAUUCACAAUCCUGUUAAUGUAAACAUUAUGCUGAUGAUAGAGAAAACUAGACAACUUAUGACUGUAUGGAACUAUAGGACUAUAUUCAGUGAUUUUGAACCUCUGCUGAAGGGGGACAUUUAUCAAUUUUUCUCCGGAGGUAUGGUAGCAAACUCAGAGCUUUCCACUUCAUCCGGCACCAUUUUCGAUGUGGGAAGUAGUACUGACCAAGGUCGUUUCCUGCCAUGCCCUAGCCGCUCCUUUUCAGAAUUGGAUUCUUAUUACACGGCAGAGGAAUUUAAUUUUUCAAAUUUAAAGACAAUAACUGACGGCAAUACGCAGUCUGAGCCACAAAAGUCCAGUGAUUCUUCAAAGGCUAUGUUGACGGUUUAUGAUUGCAAUAAAUUCUCAAAUAGACGUAGGAGGUUGAAAUAAAAUCAUAAACGAUUUCAGGACGGAAUUAAAAUCCUGACGAUGAGAUGAUACUCAUUUUAAUUCAAUAAUUUUUGUACAGAGCAGUCCACG